CUGGAUAACCGUGCUCCAUUUGGAAACCCCGCUGCUUAAAUACAUAAACUCAGGAGUCAGGAAAGGAGUCCGAUAUCCAUCUCCUCCUACUCUGAACUCAGAGGAAUCCAAGACCACUGGAGGAAUCCCACCCAAAAGAAAAAAAGCAACCUUUUAUGAGAGGUCUUCUUUCUUCUCCCUUCUAAGAUGAUAUGAAGCCCAUCAUGAUGUUGUAAAGCAUUCCAGUGAAGUGGUUGUGUUCCCUGUCCUACUUUUCUUAAAGGCAUGUAUAAAAACCAGCUACAAGAGCUAGCACAGAGGAGCUGCUUCAAUCUCCCCUCCUAUGCUUGCAUCAGGGAAGGACCAGACCAUGCACCAAGGUUCAAAGCCUCGGUUAACUUCAACGGUGAGAUCUUUGAGGGGCCAAGCAACUGCACCACUCUAAGGCAGGCAGAGCAUGCCGCAGCUGAGGUGGCCCUUACCAACCUCUCCACCAGAGGUCCUUCAAAGUCUCUGACAGCUAGAGUCCUUGAUGAGACUGGGGUGUACAAGAACCUUCUGCAAGAGACCGCUCACAGGGCUGGCUUGAGGCUCCCCGUCUACACUACAGUGAGGUCAGGGCCUGGCCACCUCCCUGUCUUCACUUGCUCUGUGGAGCUUGCUGGUAUGAGCUUCGCUGGUGAGCCAGCAAAGACUAAGAAACAAGCUGAGAAGAAUGCUGCCAUGGCUGCUUGGUCUGCUCUUAAACAAAUGCCAGAUUUGGGUUCUUCCUCUCAGCAGGCCAGAGAGAAAGAGAAGAGUGAAGAGCAGGAAGAAGUGCUUGUGACUAGAGUUUUAUCUAAUUUAAGGCCUAAUGAGGAGAACAAACCAGUGAGACAGAGAAAUCAACAUCAACAGAGGAGCAGGGUGAUCUUAUUAGGCUCUAGAGAGGGCACCUCUUCUUCUUUUCUCAAUUCUUUAGCAUUUCAUCACAGAUGGAAGGUUUUGGAUCCUUUAUGUGCUCAACAACAGAGAUGUUUCCUAGCUCCGAAGAUAUUACCCCCAAUGACAUUGUUGCAGCACUCUUCUAUCACUUCCCAAGAGCCAUCUUUCUCCAAAGACAAAAAGAGCAACAAUGUACCUCUCCUUUCAUCAAAUAGACCAUUGCCUUCACCACAAUUGGAAGGGAAACAAAAGUGUGAGGAGGAACAGAGCAAUGGGACUUCACUUCCGAAGCCAACUCCGGCAUAUACUCCUACGCCGGUCUAUUCCCAGGCUUUUUCUAUGUCGAACACUUCGGUGGCCAACCAAGUGAUGGAUCAUAGAACCCAGCAAAAUCAGAUGAGUACCAGGCCAUUUGGUCCUUCAACUGGAACAACUCCUGCAAGAAAUCUACAGGUAAUUCCAAUUCCAGCAGUGUUUGCCAGUGGUGGAUACCGUCCACCUGGUAUUGCUCCUGCUGUGCAUAUAAGAUCUGUGAUUCCGGUCUGCGCUGUCCCACCGAUGAGGCCGGCGGUUAACACCAUACCAAUCCAGAAGAAAGAAGAAGGAGAGAUCUCAGCAGCCACCUCAAAGCUCAACAGGCUUCACUUGUGAAGAUGGGAUGAAUUACUUAGGAGUAUCUCUAUAAACUUUUAAGCUUAUUCGAAGCACAUCAUCUUAUGCUGAAGGUUUUGAA